AUGUCUGGACGCGGCAAGCAAGGAGGCAAAGCUCGGGCUAAGGCCAAGACUCGCUCUUCCCGCGCCGGGCUGCAAUUUCCCGUGGGCCGUGUGCAUCGUCUGCUUCGCAAGGGCAACUAUGCGGAAAGAGUCGGAGCUGGGGCGCCCGUCUACCUGGCCGCCGUACUCGAGUACCUGACUGCUGAAAUCCUGGAGCUGGCGGGCAACGCGGCUCGAGACAACAAGAAGACGCGUAUCAUCCCGCGCCACUUGCAGCUGGCCAUCCGCAACGACGAGGAGCUCAACAAACUCCUGGGCAAAGUCACCAUCGCCCAGGGAGGCGUCUUGCCCAACAUCCAGGCCGUCCUGCUCCCCAAGAAGACCGAGAGCCACAAGGCCAAAGGGAAGUAGACAGCGCGCCCUCUUGCCUACAGGCUCACUCU